AUGGGCGACAAGCCGCCAGGAUUCCAAGGCUCCCGGAGCUGGAUUGGCUGUGUUGAGGCCAGCCUGUGCCUCGCCUACUUCGGAGGGCCCCAGGGACGCCUAUGCCACGUGCCCCGUGGUACGGGGCUCACGGGGGAACUGGAGCGGCUGUACUCCCACUUUUCAGGGGGCGGGGGGCCUGUGAUGGUUGGAGGAGAUGCUGAUGCCCAAGCCAAGGCCUUGCUGGGAGUCUGCCUGGGGCCAGGCACGGAAGCCUUCGUCCUGGUACUGGACCCUCACUGCUGGAGUGCUCCCAAAAACCCUAAGGAACUUCAGGCUGCUGGGUGGGUAGGCUGGCAAGAGGUAACCACAGCCUUUGACCCAAACUCCUUCUACAACCUUUGCUUGACCAGCCGCAAUGCAGAACGGGAGCAGCACCCCUGUGACUGA